CGGCGUUUCUCGAGGACUGCCAGAGGGCAUGGGGAAAGACAUUCCCAGGCUGGGCCAUGUGUGCUACCUGUGGCACGAUCGAUAGGGUCAACUGCGACGCUUCAGGCAUGAUCACCAAUAUAGCCAUGUCACGUUGUAAUCUCAAAGGGUCGAUCCCGGCUGGCAUUUCAAGCCUCAUUUCAUUGGAGCACUUCAAUUUGACGGAGAAUCAACUCACCGGAUCUAUUCCAGCUGCAAUUGGAAAGCUCACCAAUCUGACCAAACUAUCUGUCAGAAAGAACGCAUUGAAUGGCUCCAUUCCCGACAGCAUCGCGUCUCUCAGAAGACUAACUUUCUUU